AUGAAUAUCAAUAAUGAUCCUUUUAUUCGUUCAAAAUCAGAAGCAGGCUUUAGAUCCACACCUCAAUCUAUGCGAUCAAGUGCCGUUUUUGCAAAAACACAGCCAGAAACUGUAAAAAAUCAACCAGAAACGCCAGAUACAGAUAGAAUUUUAAAAAGUGCUAAAGAAAGCACGCGUAGACCUAAGUCAGCAUACACAUUUCGCCCACGUGAAUGCUUUUUCAAUGGCACUUUCAGUAAUUUUGGAAAAGAUGCACCAAAAAUUGCAAUUGGAUGUAGCAGACCAGAGCCACCAGUUCCACCAGCAACUCCAGGACCUGGUGCUUAUGAAAUACCACCAUUAAGAGAUACUCCUCAGCAAGUUACAAUUCCUCGAUGCGUUAAGUUCAGAGAGCCGCCAUCUCCCACUGCAAAUGUAGAGCUUGUCAAUACUAGAUCCUUCCCGCAGAUGCGUGCAUGUUCCAUUGCACCAAAAACAGGAAAAUCUUUUUAUGAUUACAUCGAUUCUCCUGGUCCAAGCUAUGUUCCGCCAAGCUCUCUUUCACCGAAAACUCACAAAAUUGCAAGCCGUUACGAAACUCGUACUACUUUCGAUUCUACUCCAGGACCUGGAUCAUAUAAUCCACAACGUGCUGAUUUAGAGCGAUCUCCUGUAUUCUCAAUGCAUGGUAUAUCCAAUAGAGAUGAUUGGCUCAAAGAGCUUCAGGCACGACCAGGUCCCGGCCAUUAUACACCAAAACAAGUUUCAAAAUCACAGCCUAGAUGGACAUUUGGCUCCAAAUCACGCAAGAGAUCAGCAUCAGCACCUCCUAUACCUCUUGGUCCUUUCUUGUUUAAAGUUGACUCUUCAUUAAACAGAGAAGAAUGUUACAACUACAUCGAAAAGAAACCUCAACUCAGAGCUUUGAUUGAAGACAUUUUCGAAUACGUCAUACUUUAUAAACCCGAGGAUCCUGUUGCCUGCAUCAGGGAGAGGUUUGCAAGCUUGAAAGAAGACAGAGUUGAAGAAAAAACUGAUGAUUUAUCAAUGGAUAUCAUUGAUUUCACCGAACUCCUCAAAUAA